GAAAUUUAAAAGGGUAAUAAUAUAUAUAUAUAUAUAUGUAUUUAGAAAGCAGUCUUUUGCUGUUGCGAAACGAGUUUGCUUUUGGAAUGAAACUGUGCCGUCGGCGUAUGUUUUGCGCAAGGAGAUCUUCUCUCUUUCUCUGUCCUCCCUCUUGCAAAUGACCUUCCUCACUUUCUUUGCCUUCUCGACGCGUGCUGCUCACUCACCUGUGGACCCAUAACAACUAAACCCCUCUUCUUCUUGUUUCUGAUCCUAAUGAGCAGCGAGGGAAAGGAACGGAAAAGAGAAAUUUCUCUCUUGUAAAGCAGAGAUUAAUCGCAAAGAGUAUUCCAAGAUUACGUGUGGUGCCGUGACGCGUUACGCGUCUAAUUUGCGUUCUUCCAAAAUAAUACACUUACACAGCAGAAAAGAGAAACAACGCUGUUGUCUUUGUUGUUGCGUCAUGACGGAGCGGUCGAAAAUGAAGGAGCGUCGUGGCGAGCGUCAGCACGCGUUGGGCAUCGACUGUGUUGAUCGGCUGAUCUGGAAAGAAUGGACCCCUGGCUGCGAAUACACUCGUAAAAUCCUGGUGAAGAACGUCGACCGCGCAUCCCAAACCAUUAAGAUUUCGCUGCCGGUGCACAGGAAGAUCCUGCUGACGUCGUUUCCAGAGCCCGUCACGCUGAGCAGCGGCGUCUCGCACGAGAUCAGCAUUACCUUUAAACCGGCGGAGCUGGUGGAGCUGCACGAUGCCAUCACCAUCACGGUGGAAGGCAGGGGAUCCUUUCAAGUUCUCCUUGACUGCCUGACGCCCUACGCGAAGUUGUCCAUGCCAUCCAGCUACGAUUUCGAUUACUGCGCGAUUGGCUCUACGGGUCACGCAGAGGUGCAGCUGCGCAACAGCGGGACGGCACCUGUAGAGUUUACCUGGGAAGCUCCCGCGCCGUUUUGCAUUCUCCCGAAGCACGCCGUACUGGAUCAAGGCGAGGUAAUGCAUCUCACUCUCCUCUUCACGCCAACGGACGCGUGCACGAUGGUGGGGCAGGCGGUCUGUCGACUCACCGGUAUGGACGAGGUGAUCGCCACCCUCAAGGUGUCCGGCGUCGGCAAGUAUCCUUUUAUUUGUUUUCAAGAUCAGGACGAGCAGAAUGACGGCGGCAGCAACGAUACCUUGAUCGUGAAGAUGGAAGGCAAGAUGAAUGGAUCGGUGUCCACGAAAGAGGUCCGCCUGUGCAACCCAUCCGCGGUGCCCGCCACGGUGCGGCUGCGACGCUCUGACGACGGCAUCGCCUCAGCUUUUUUUGUUACAGUGGAAGGCGCGGCAGACGGCGUGACCAGAUCCGGCGAGCCGUUUGUCGUUCCCCGUGGCGCGACGCAAACCUUACGCAUUCACUACACCCCCGGCAGCGCUGGCGUGCUGCAGUCGAGCGUGUUUCAGAUCGACUGUCUCGAGGGCAACACGCUUCAAUUAGAGCUCAGCGGCACCACCAGCGGUCCGCGCGUCACGACAUCGCUGAGCAGCGUCGACUUUGGCGCGGUGGACUUAGAGCACCUUCCCACGAAAAAGCAACGGACGCGACACAUCACGCUGCGCAACACAUCGGCGAUCGACGCGUCAUUUGCCUGGGUGAACACGUCGCCUGGAGCGGCAUUUCUGGUGCAGCCGCAGCACGGCACGGUGCCCGCGCAGUCGAUGACGCAGGUGGCCGUGACCUUUCAGCCGUCGCACCCUAUUCUGUAUUACCGCCGUCUGCACCUCCUCGUCGAGGGCGCCACGGACGUCGCGGGCGUAGACGUGUUCGGUGGGGCCUACAAUAGCACCGUACGCCCACCGGCGCUGCAUCUUGCUGACGUGGAGGCGGCGCUGCUGCGGGCAGAGCGAGGACUCGGUCUUCUGACCCCGACGGAGCUGGAGAACAUCGCCGCCGUAGCAGCCGCAGAGGACGACAGCGACGGCAACGGCGGCAACGACGUUUCAGAGAAUGUGGCACUUCGAUCGCGGCCAACACCGCAUCGGCCCGUGGCGGCGACAACGCUGGAGGCGUGGCGGCGCGUGGAAGAAGACGUGCGUGGUACGAGUGUUGUUAUGCGCGGGGCGAAGCACAAAUGCCGCAGCCCACUCAACACGCUGGAGGCCAUCAACGGGCACGUGGCGGUCAACAACCCUUUCGGGCUCGACGCCCACCAGCUGUACACCUUUACGCCGAGGCACAACAGCAACGUUCAACGUGGCAGCACGAACGACGGCCGAGGACAGAUAGUCACCGUCAUGAAUACAUCUGAUGUGUCGGCCGUAGCGACGUGGAGCGUGCCGGGGCCCUCCUGUCCGUAUUCGGUGACACCCGCGCAGCAGGUGAUUGACCCCAACAGCUCCGCCACUUUUCAGCUGCAAUGCAACCUCAGCAGCGCGGAUGAUUACGCCGCACUCUGUACGCUGGAAUGUUACGUGAAUUUCGAAUCAAUGUCCGCUUUUUACCUCGCCCCCGACAACUGUGUCGUUCCGCCAUGCUGUUUUACAGUGACGUGCACGACAUCCAGCGGUGUCGCUUCCAGUCUUCCAAAACAGGCGCAGGCAACCGUUGCAUCGCAGAUUCGCGCAGCCCAGCAAGUGUGCCUGCCAGCGUGUCGCCUCGGUGGGUCUUCUUAUCAGGUCAUCACGUUGCACAACAAAGGGGCGACGGCCGCGCGGUAUGAAGUGAACGCGCUGCAGUUGAAGCAGGUGAGUGCGGUGGUGCUGCCGCCAGACACCACUCUGAUGGACCCGCCGGCAUCUCAGCAGGACACCGACGUGGACGGCACCGCGUUUUCAGUGUUUCCGCCGGUCGGGGUGGUGCCGCCACGCGCGCGUCAGCUUCUCGUCGUGAAGUUUCGCCCCAGUGAGGCGGCCCGCUACGAGGCAGCCGCGACGCUGUCGUGGAACUCAAGUACGCGAGCCACCGAGGCGGCCGCCAGCCCCACACCUGGCGAUGCCACCGCCAUCACCUUGUUCGGUGAAGUUUGUCUGCCACAGCUGCAGUGGCGAAACGCGUGCGACACAGCCGCCUCGGAAGUGGUGUUUCCGCCCAGCUGCAUCACCGGCGAAGCGCAGCAGCAGGCGUGGGUGCGCAACACCACGGCGCUGCCCGUCUCCUUCCGCUUCGACACCUCCGUCGGCCUUUUAGGGGUGCUGCGCAUGGAGCCGGAGUGGGCGGUGGUGCCGGGCGGAGCGCGGCUGCCCGUCACGCUCUUCUUCAGCCCCCAGCACCCACGCGUCUUCUCCGGCUUUCUCCAGCUCUACCUGGAGGACGGCGCGACCGACGCGGUGAAUCGUCAACUUUACCGGCAAAAGCUGCCCUUUUACGGCGAGGGCGCGUACGCGGACGUGGAGGUCGAGCCGCGCGUCAUCGACGUCGGCGAGGCCCCGGACACACAGGAACAGCAGGCAACCCUCACCCUGUACAACAGCGGCAUCUGCGACGUGCAGUACGACGUGCGUGCGAUGCGCAUCGAUGCCGCUGCCUCGCAGCAGUCUGUCAUUGUGCCACGCCUGCACAACAGUCGGGGAGUGUUGCCGGCGCGCACGCACACGACGGUGCUCGCGGCAGGGCAGCCGACGCCUGGCCUCACCGAGUUUGUCCUCUACGCAGUGAUCAGCGGACUCUCCACCGACCUGGGUGAGGUGCCGGACGCAGAGUCCGUCGCAGAGGCCGAGCGACAUCCGCACUGUCGCUGGAGUCUGCGUGCCGCACACCCGGCGGUGCAGGUUGUGAAUGUGAAAUUCCCUGGCGUGGCGCGGCCGCUCGCGUGGCAGCAGCUGAACCUCAACGCGGUCAACGCCCAACUUGCCGCGGUCAACGACGCUGACGCCGGCGCCGACGUCUUCUCCUUCCAGCACUACGUGAGUGGUCUGGUGCCUCUCACGAUGGACCUCGGCGUGGCCCACGAGAUGACGCCUGCCGUCUGCCUGACCGUCACCCUGCAGAACACCGGCGACUGCCCUUCCCCCUUCUCCCUCAUGUUUCCCACGCAGCACGACGCCAACACCGAGCAUUGGUGCCUCGAGAACACCGAGUUGGCGGACCUGCAGUACAUCGUGGACCGCGGCAUCAUCGCCGUCACGCCCUCGCAGGGCGUCAUUAAUGUCGGCGGCACGGUGCAGCUGCAAAUCGCCUACACGCACGAGGAGGUCGGUGUGCACCGCCUGCCGAUGCUCCUACGUGUCGGUGCGGGGGAGCGUCGUGUCGCCGUGGUGUUGGAGGGCCGUACGCUGCCGCCGGAGGUACAGGUGCUCAACUUCCACCACGAAAAGGUCUACGAGCUGCUGCCCGUCGCCCUGGGCGAUAUGGAGCCGCCGCUGCAGUACGUCACCGUGUCGAACCCGUGUGACGAGCCGGUGGAGUACACGGUGGAUGUGACGGCGCUGCAGGCACACGCGAAGAGCAACUACGGCUUCCCCGUGUUUCAGUGCGCCGACCCGCAUGGAUGUGUGCCCCCGCACACGACCGCCAGCAUCGGCUUUUACUUUCGACCGCUUGAAGCACGGCACUACCAGAUCACCGUGCUGGUGCAGACGGCGCAGGGCGAGGGCUACUACGUGGAUCUUGUCGGCACCGGCUACAACACACGGGUGGCGCCAAAGACUUCCGUCGUGCAGUGGGUGGAGGACUCCCUGAUGCACGUCCCUGUCGUCCCACCCCUCAUCCCUCAUGCGAGUUCGCUUCGACUCGUGGAAGACGUGUGCACGCUGGGUGCCGUCGCGUACUACACGCUGUGCCGGCGCAUCUGCACGUUACAGCUGGCGGCGGAGGCGCAGAGUGCGGUGCGGUACGCAUGGCAGCUCGAACAGCCCCGCCACGGCGACGCCCAACUCGUCAUCCACCCUGCCGAGGGCGUCUUACAGCCGGGAGAGCAGCAGACCGUCCAGGUGUCCUUUUACGCUGGAAGUACCAGCCAGGUGCUAGAGCAUCUUGUCAGCUGCCUGGUCGCGCCGUGCACGUCGGCGGCAGCCCCACUGAGGGACGAACGCACUCUGCAGGCAAGUAGCCACCUGGAGCGUCGCCCUCGGUCCCCCCGGCAGAAGCCUAGCAGCGCUUCGCUCCGCAGCGCAGAGUCUCUCGGGCUUUUAGUGCAAGCACGCGUCAUGCCGCGCGACGACUACGAGCUGCUCUACGGAAAGGCGCGACUUGCCGCGGCGUACAUGCCCGCCCUGUACCGCUCCCACGUCGACCCCAUGUCACCCGCAGCGGUGCCGUCGGCUGCGGAGGUGUCCGUCAAGGGUGGAGUCGCCAAGGAAGAGGCCCGUUUUGUGACGGCGUUGGUGGAUGAGCUCAUCCGCACCGUUGUGGCCUCGCCGAGCGUGCAGGAAUCUUUCACGACCCUGUGCCCGCCGCGCUUUGCCUCCUACGCAAAGAUGCGUGUGCUUCACGCCACCGCUGCGGGCAGUGGUCCCUCCAAGAAGGGAGCGAAGGCGGAAAAGUCCAACGCUGCUGCCGCGUCAACUGCGGCUCCCGCAGCGAAGGGAGGGAACUUUACCGCGGCUGUUCUCACCGAAGGAGUCUUGGAAGAACUUCUUCGCAACCUACUCAGCGAAGGUGUUGCCGCCGCGUAG